AUGCGGUACAACGACAAAAUAACCGACCGGCGAGCACAAAUAGACGACCGUAAUACCGUUAACAUGGACGCUUCCGUCCACUUGGAAAAUCAACAGACCGUUUACUUCGCUCCGGGACAAGCCGAACAGCGAGUACACGACGAUGUUCAACGUCGUACAACACUAACAGAGUUCUUCUCGUUCAACGCACACAACGCGGAAGCUAAACAGUAUCUGUACCACGAGAUACCGGUCCAAUACACAUGGCAAGUGUCACAUAGAAGAUGGACGCGGAGGCAAAGGCGGAUGGGCAACGACACUUUGGCUCGGAUGUACGUGGUCAACCCUCUAGACCGAGACCGGUUCCACUUGCGAUUGCUACUGUUGCACAAGAGAGGCCCACAGUUUUUCUGA